AUGAACUCGUUCCAGCCUAAAGCAACAACAAGACAGUACAUCCAGAAUGGAAUCGACGUCAUGCUCGACAUUACCGACCGUUUGGCCUCAAUCUCUGCAAACGGAACUUCCUCGUCCUCCUCGUCGAGGUCCUCAAACUCGCCCGAAGAAAUGUUCACCGGCGGAACAACCUCUUCGUUGGUCUUGGCAAGCACGAUCCUGCUGAACGUCGGUAGCAGCUUCAACACAGCCUCUCUAGCCUUGUUGUACUGCUGGUCAAUCUCCAGAGUGUUGGUCCACAUCUUUGGUACACCCUGCUCGUCGUACCUAAACAGAUCCUCGAACUUGUUUCUCAAGAUCCGCGACACUGUGUCCUCGCAGCAUGAUCUCGUCACAACGGAACCGUGCAACCAGAAUUUGUUGGGUAGGCAGGUCGAGGUCCUUGUUCUCCUCGAUUUGCUGCCAGAUCUGAUCCAUAUAAAUAGUCCAGGCGUCGAUAGGGAUGUUCCGGUGGUACUCGUUUUUGAAGAGCUCUGUGGAUGCAAACCGGUCGCCAAGAAGCUGGAUAUCGUGCUCAAACUUGUCUGGCUGGAAAUGUUUAUGUGCAAUGCUGGUGAACUUGAGAUCAAAGAAGUCUGUGAUUGUCAGGUCUUGACAGGACUCUGGUUUACUCAACGAGGACCAGAUCUUGUUAAGGUCGGCCAUCAAACUAUUGGACAAGUUCUCGAUGGGUGUCAUGUCGGUGAAGUCACGGAUCACAAACAAAAGUAG